AUGGACUGGAGGACUUCUGGGCUUUCGCCCGUGACGGCGCAAGCGGUGAUGGCGUCUCGCCAGAUUCAGUGGCCAGUCGCCACGUUCAGGAAGGUGCACACUUCCGGCGGCUGGCUAACAAUGACGCACCAGCGUCUUCCGUGGUCUUGGAGGAGAUUCCUAGCUAGUCUGCCUCUUAUCGACGAGAAGCGGUUCACGGACUUUCCGGAGACAUGGCCCAAAAGUCGAGAGCGCUACAAGGUGAUGCUGCUCUCCCAUGUGACAGAAAAACUGGCAGAUUUUUUGAAGCUUGACUCGGAGACUCGAGAGCACGGUAUCGCCAUCAAAGCUUUUGGAACACAAGGCAACUCAACGGCGGAAGACGCUGUGAACGAAAUCAAUGCGCACAAAAACAUGGUACCGAAAAACCCAUUCAUUCUGCCGUUUCUGGGUGCCUAUCGCAGCACGACUGGGCAAUUGGUGUACCUCGUGACGCCGCGGCUCCAGGGCGAUCUAUACACAGCUAUUCGUGGAGCCAAGAAGCAGACCAACGUCAAACUCGCCCUCGCUGAAAUGGUAUACAGUCUGAAGCUGAUGCAUGAUUUCGGCUUUGUUCACCGCGACAUUAAACUCGGGAACUACUUUGUGGACUUCACCGGACACGUCGUCCUCGCGGAUUUCGAGGGCGCUGCAGACAAAACGAUGUGGCUAGAUUCCGCCGUCGACUUCAUCGUUUACACCAACGGUUUCCUCGCUCCCGAGAUAAACUUGAAAGAUGACUGGCUGCUAUUCACCGAGAAGACGGAUGUGUACGCUCUCGGAGUCUGCUUCCGAACGUUUUAUCAGGUGUUCAAGAACGACAUUCCGGAUGCCCGCCGACUAAGCGCGCUGGUCAGGAAAAUGCUGGCUCCAAACCCUGCCGACCGCUACACGAUGAAGCAGGUGAUGGAGUCGGAGUAUUUCAGAGGAAUCGACUUUUCCACGCUCGAAGAUAAGAAGCAAGGCGUCCCAUUCCCGGGCGACUUACAGUCGUACCGGAAGUUCGCGUAG